CGCCGCCCUCCCGUGCAGCGCCCUCCGGGCUCGGGGGCCUCGUGCGGGGCAGCGCCUCAUGCUCGCGGUGCCGUGGUUUGACGCGGGUGCGGGCGGCGGUGCCCGCUGUGCUCUGGGGUGAGGCUGACGGUGGCAGGUGUUCCCCAGCCCGUCCCCAAGCCGGGACAGCGGCCGCUCCGGUGCGGAGCCCCGUCCCGCCGGCAGCUCCCGAGUGACGGGGCUGCGGGGAGCGGGGCAAGGAGCUGCCCUCCCGGGCUCGCCGCUAAGAGCCUGAUGGUUGCUCCCGAAGCCCAGAGCCCGAAAGCCGGCCAGCCCCCGCUGCGAGCUCCCGGGGCGGGGCGGAGCGGCUGCUGCGGGAAACGAAACCGAAACGGAGCUCGCAGCCAUCUUGGCCGUGCCCCGCUGCCUCUCGGCCGGGACGCGUUCUGCGGCUCGGCGUUUCUUUUUUUCCCUGUGUUUUCUCAUAAAAUAGUUUGGCGUGCGGAUGAGAUUGAGGUCACAUAGUAUCCAGGGAGGAAAAGACACUUGGCGUUUCAGACUGUUUUGGCCAUGAAUCUGAAAAUAAUUGCAAGCCUGUUGCAGCUCUGUUCUGUGUGACCAUGCAAGUUGCUUCAGCUCACCUCCUUGUAGUCCUUUACCUCCUCAUGCCCCCAUUUCUCAGGUUGCAAAGUAGGUCUGAGAUUCUUCUGUCCCUUGAGGCAGUGGAGCUUGCUGUGUUUCAGGAGUGCAUCCUGAGCAGGCCACCCUGCCCCGUGCUGGAAUCAAGCCUAACAGGAGCAGUGUCAAAGCUGCUUCUUGGGAUUGACUUCACUGCAGUUUGGGGCUGCUGGUUCUCUGCUGGGCAGCCAGAGUUUGUGGUUUUAGACUAAUUUAGGCUCCUAGAGAAGUAGAAAAACAAUUGACGAGUGAGAAGAUGCUCGAAGCGCCUCAGUAGCUGGGAAGCUGUUUAAACUGCAUUUCUGGAACGCUGUCGUUGUGAAAAGAUGUCCUGAGCUCCUGUGUUUUUUCUCCUCAGGGCGGGAGAGUGUGGAGUGAGUGGCAGCUCCUGUCCUGGCUCAGCAGCAGCCUGGCUCCCCCGCGUGUCCCAGGAGUGCGCUAUGCUCAGAGGCGCUGGGCGAGGCAGAGGCUCCUAUCUCACCCGGCCAAGGCAUAACUGCCCCAGCACUAACCGAGGUCCUUUUAACCACCCUCGUACCCCACAAGAAACUAAUCGGGAAACCUUUUUACACCAGCAGCUGGUGACAGAGCAGGACGCUGAGGUCUCUGUGUUGCAGGGACAGGGAUCGCACAAGGAGUGGCGCACCAGAGGCGGGCGAGCUGCGGCACCGGCUCCUGCAGGCAGAGGUCAGCCCAGGGCUGCAGCCCGUAGCUUCUCCAGCCAGUAUCCCACUCUGCCUCGGUACUGCCCUCCGCAGCACCACCGGCAGGAGAACUCCAGGAGGGAUUCUGACGCUGUGAGGUUGAAUUUCCAAAGACUGUCUCUUGCUGGGCAAGACUAUGAACAAGAAAUUCUGAGUGUUUUCAGGCAGCUUGGGGAGGGGAGGACUUGCACGGCUCAUGAGCUGGCACGUAAACUUAAAACUCAAAAGAAAGAGGUCAACCGUGUUUUGUAUAAACUCCUCAGAGAAGGCAAGUUGCACAAAGAGGGGGAGACACCACCACUGUGGAGAAUUGCCAGCCCUAGUUCAGGGAGAGAAAGAAGCCCUACUGACCACAGUGCCAGUUGCACAGAUCCAGCAAAUUUUGAGAGCAGAGGAGGAGAGCGGAGCGCAUUUGGCUUGGGAGACACAGAGAUGGCUGAGACAAAGGAGAAAAUCUGCAACUACUUGUUCAGUGUGGUGGAAACAACAGCUCUCAAUCUUGCCAAGAACAUUGGGUUUUCGAGAGCCAAGGAUGUUAAUGCAUUUCUUAGCGCUCUGGAAAAGCUGGGGGAUGUCCACAAGCAGAAUGCAACUCCACCACGGUGGUCCCUGACAAACAGGAAACGUGAGAGGAUGCAGAUGAGGCUGAAGGCCAGCACAAUAAUGCAGAUGGCAGAUGCCACACCUCCUGAGUCAGGUCUUCCCUCUUCCAUUGUCCCUCCAUGUCCCCCAGAGGUCACUGCAGCUUUGCCAGCAACGGUGAAAGAAGAAAGUGCAGAAAAUGGGCAGCAGCCUUUGGGGCAGGCUGGUCAGGGCAGUGGCAGUGACACAGAAGCAGAUGCACCUGAGGACACUAAGCCUGACUUCUCCAGUUUGAGUAGUUAUGAUAACUCAGAAAACAGCAAGUGGACCACAGAUGAAAUCCCAGAUAAUCUAAAUGCUAUCAACAAGCAGCCUGAUAAUUCAGAAAGCAUCAUGAAUCCUCAGUCUUCCCCCAGUUGUGCUGCCCAGUUUGAAACUGCUUUCCCAUGUACACCUGUAGAGAAACUGAUAGCUUGUCAGGAGAAGAACCCAGUGAGUGGCCUUACUGAAUAUUCCCAGUACACAUACCAACACUGUGAUUUCAUCAUGCUGGAGCAGAAUGGACCCUCUCAUGAGCCACGGUUUAAGUUCCAGGCAGUGAUCAACGGGCGCCCAUUCCCACCAGCAGAAGCAGGGAGCAAAAAAUUGGCUAAGCAGGAGGCAGCAGCUAAUGCCAUGAAGGUCCUGAUGAGUGAAGUGGAGAAUGGAAGGCAAGGUGGAAUUAAGUGUGAGGAGCCAUUUCCCUCCAACAGCUCAGAACCAGAACUGCCUUUGCAGCUGGAGCCAGAGGUGUCAUCUGCAGCAGCUCACCUCAACCUGCUUCCUGGGAAGCACCCUAUCAGCAUAUUAAUGGAGUAUGGUCAAAAAUCAGGGAACAUAAUUGAAUUCCAGCUGCUCUCUCAGGAAGGCCCACCUCAUGAUCCCAGGUUCAGCUACUGUGUGAAAAUGGGUGACCAAAUUUUCCCUGCUGUGGUAGGAAACAGCAAGAAGGGAGCAAAGCAAAUGGCAGCAGAAGUUGCUGUGAAGAUCCUUUCUGGAGAGUCUGUACCCCAUGUCUUGCCUGAACAGCCUGUUGUGAAGCCCCUCAGUGACCAGUCCAUGCACAAUACUGCCACUCCAGAUGAAUCCAAAGUGGUGAAAACGAAGGGUGUUGGGGAGCUCAUCAAAUACCUGAACGUCAAUCCUGUCAGUGGCCUGCUGGAAUAUGCCCGUUCCAAUGGGUUUGCUGCAGAGUUCAAACUCAUUGACCAGUCAGGACCUCCCCAUGACCCCAAGUUUGUCUAUCAGGCGAAGGUUGGAGGCCGCUGGUUCCCAGCUGUAACUGCACACAACAAAAAGCAGGGCAAGCAGGAGGCAGCUGAUGCAGCACUCCGAGUCCUCAUUGGGGAAUCAGAGAAAACCGAGCGCAUGGAAGGGAUGAGCAUCGCCGAGCUCCCUGUGAGUGGCAGCACCCUGCACGACCAGCUGGCCAUGCUGAGCCACCAGCGCUUCAACUCCCUCACGGCUCGCCUCCAGCACAGCCUGCUGGGCCGCAAGAUCCUGGCUGCCAUCAUCAUGAGGAGAGGAGAUAAGGGCCUGGGAGUGGUGGUCAGCAUCGGAACAGGUAAUCGCUGUGUGAAAGGAGAAGAGCUGAGCUUGAAGGGGGAGACAGUAAAUGACUGCCAUGCAGAAAUCAUUUCUCGAAGAGGCUUUGUGAGGUUUCUUUACAGUGAACUGAUGAAGUAUGACCCAUCCAAUCCUUCCUCUGCAGAAGAGAGCAUUUUUGAGCAAGCAGGAGGAAAGAAACUCAAAAUAAAGAGCAGUGUUACCUUCCACCUCUACGUCAGCACAGCACCGUGUGGGGACGGAGCACUCUUUGAUAAAUCCUGCAGUGAUCAGGCAAACGAGAUGGGACAAGCCCAACAUCAGCCUCUCUUUGAGAACCCCAAGCAAGGCAAGCUGCGGACCAAGGUGGAGAACGGGGAAGGUACCAUUCCUGUGGAGUCAAGUGACAUUGUGCCCACGUGGGACGGGAUCCAGCACGGGGAGCGGUUACGAACCAUGUCCUGCAGUGACAAAAUCUUACGCUGGAAUAUUCUUGGCUUGCAAGGAGCAUUGCUGUCCCACUUCCUGGAGCCAGUUUACCUCCACUCUGUCACACUCGGUUACUUGUACAGUCAGGGUCACUUGACCCGUGCCAUCUGCUGCCGCAUGGAGAGGGAUGGGAGCACACUGAAGGAAAAGCUCCAGGCUCCCUAUCACAUUAACCACCCUGAGGUUGGGCGAGUCAGCGUGUAUGACUCUGCAAGGCAGACGGGCAAGACCAAGGAGUCAUCAGUGAACUGGUGUCUUGCUGAUGAAAGCGAAGUUGAAAUCUUGGAUGGCACCAAAGGGAAAGUAGAUGGUGUGAAGCUGGAGGUGUCUCGUGUGUCCAAGAGGAAAAUGUUCACCCUGUUCCAGCAGCUCUGUGCAAAGAACAACCGCAGAGACCUGCAGGGCUUCUCUGUGUACUCGGAUGCCAAGAAGGCAGCCACAGCUUACCAGGCAGCCAAGCAGAGCUUCUUCAGCACGCUGCAAGAGCUGGGCUACGGCAGCUGGAUCCGCAAACCCCAGGAGGAAGAAAAUUUCUCUGUCCUUGAUGUGUGAGGAAGCACUCUGCAAGGACUGGGGGGUGCACAGGCUGUGCAUGGCUGUGCUCAUCCCUCUUUCACCACAUUUUUGGAAGUGGGAUCAGGACUGUGCAGUGGUUUCUUCAUAGGCCUGGCUGCCUUGUCACUGUCACCCAGACCCUGUGUUUUUAAAAUGUGCAUGUAAAUGAUUCUCCUGUUUUUUUAAAGCAAGGGCAGGCUCAGUCCCUAUUUGCUUUUUUAUAGUUUUGUCCCCCCUCCUUUAUUGUUUUUUAAGGAAGGUACAAGAAACCGGAGGAAUUUUCAAGACUGUGAGCUUGAAACCUUUGGACCAUGUACUGCAAAUCCCUCUGGCAGGUUUUGAAGCAAAUUUUCUCCUUUGAGAUUAAAAAAAAAAAAAUCAGGCU